AUGACGAAAUCGAUUGCUGUAUUUGGAGGCAAUGGCUUCCUUGGCCGCAAGAUAUGUGAAGUAGGGAUCAACAGAGGAUACAAUAUAACGUCAUACUCCCGAUCAGGCCAACCCCCACAAUCUCCACACCACCAAUCUCCACCUGCCACCUGGAUCAGUCAAGUAUCAUGGCAGAAGUGCGACAUAUUCAACCCACGCGAAUCGAUACCACCACACAAAUUGGGCCAAUUUGACACGAUUGUCCAUUCAAUUGGACUCUUGUUUGAAGAUGCCCUGUAUAAGAAACUGAUGAACUCAAACUUUGGCGUGUUGCAGGAUGUGCAAAAAUUGGCUAAUCGAGUUUUGGGUAGUGGAGUGAAUCCUAUGCAGAAGGAUAAGGUGAAUCUGAGUUAUGAGGCUGUGCAGCGUGAUUCUGCAGUUUUGAUUGCUGAUGAGUACAUUGAAGCCAGAUUGGAUGCAUUGAAAGAGGAGGAAGAGAAGAAGAAGAAGAAGAAGAAUAAGAAUAGCAACAGCGCAGACAGUCCAACUGGUGCUAUUGUUGGAAAUUAUGUCUACAUAUCAGCUGAUCAAAACCCACCAAUUGUUCCACAACGCUACAUCAUCACCAAGCGAGAAGCAGAGUUUGAAUUGAGCAAUAAACCGCACUUGAGAAGCAUAUUGAUGAGGCCGGGCAUAAUGUACGAAGAAAAAACAGGCGACACAAACGAACAACACUUUUCCAAUAGGGAUGUGUUGGUAAAAGGAUUAAAGUUGGGUGUCAGUUUGAAAAAUGCCGUGUUGGGUGAACAGUUCUUGAGUGGGGUGGUUCGGCCCGUGGUGAGCACUACUCAGGUUGCCAAUGCCAUUUUUGAUAAGUUGGAAGAUGGACAUUUCAAGGGUGGUGUUGUACCUGUUGAGGAAAUUGAACAAAAAUCGCAUUUUUAA